AUGCAUUCUGAACACACGACCGACCUGUCAAUUCUUUACUCGAAUUUAAAAUCUCAUCCAACAAAUCAAGAAUAUGUUGUAUUAAUCAAGACGGGUGCUAUGAAUCCUGUUCAUCGUUGUCAUAUAUCGAAUAUGGUACGAACUAAACAAUACUUGGAGCGAGUAUAUAAUUUUAAUGUAAUCGGUGGAUAUCUAUCGCCAACUCAUGAUGAAUAUGUUCACGGUAAAUUAAGAAAUGAAUUUAUUAAUGGUCAACAUCGAAUUGAAAUGUGUCGAAAAGCUAUUGAAGAAGCUGGUCAACAACAUUGGUUAAGUGUUGAUAUGGCUGAAUGUAUGGCUCCUCGAUUCGUCACACCAGCAAGUGUGGCAUAUACUCUUCAAGUGUUUAUUAAUCAAAAGUUAAAUUUACCGAAGUCUGUUCGAGUUAUUUAUGUUGCUGGUCUUGAUUUAUUUAAUCGUUGCUACGGUAUGAAAUCCUUGAGAGCGCCUGAGAUGGGCGGUAUUGCUGUAGUUUAUCGUCCGGGACAAGAUGAUCGUUUAAUAACAUCGAUACAUGCCCAAGGUAAUUCCAAAGUAUUUUAUGUAUGUGCUAACGAUGAUGAUAUGGAUACAUCGAGUUCAGAUAUCGACGAUAUUAGUUCAACAUUAAUUCGAAAACGAUACAAAAAUAAUGAAAAUUGCGAACAUUUAACUUUUAAAUCAGUUUUGAAUCAUAUGGAAAUUAUAUCAUCGAAGAAGAAUUAA